GAUUCUGAACAGAUCCAUCGAUUGACGGAUUCGGUCGUCUUUCCGCGUGAGGCCGCGCUAGUGUUGUGCGCGGUGUCUUAUCAUAAGCAUCGCGAGCUGUGUUGGAAAAGUGGGUCGCCUCUCGGUUGCAGUACCCAUCGUGGAGCUGUUGCAUUUUUUUGCAGUGCCAUUCUUGUUGUGACGGUGCAAACGGAUUUAGACGGGAGUGUUUAAAGUGUCAGUUGAAUGCCAGGAUCAGAUUUCGCUGUGUAUGCAAACCGUGUCGCAAGGGCGAUGCAUGUACGCCGUCAGCAUUCCAGGACAUUGGCUGGACGGCGGGUGCAUAACAUUUAGUGGUUAUACCACACCCGGCCACUGAUCACUUUAAUCCUACCGAUCGGUGUAGAACUUAUGGUUGUACGGUUUUGAGAGAAAAAAAUAAACAAGUGCUAAAACACGAUCAACAUCUCAAUCCACUCUCUAUCAAUAACAUCAUCGGAACGGAAACCCAGAAACGGGCAUAUGGCCGGCCGGCCGUGUUAUCGCGUGCUGCCAAUGUUUCAAUGUGAUUAGGUGUAGCGUGUGUGUAGAGGAACUUCGCUGUUGACAUUGUUCCCAUCGAUGACAUACCGCGCUCGGGCCCGCGCACGGGACUGAAGCGAUUCUGCUGCGUACGCAACCCCUUUUAUAUUGGAAAUUUCUUAUCACGAAGAAGAAAAAAAACGGAACACCGUUCACCGGAAUCAAAUAAAAGUGUAAACGCAAGGCAAACACACACGCCGCACGGGGGAGGGUAUGGUAUGUGGAUGCUUGUCUCCCUCGACGUCCGUGUAGGUUAUCAGCGUCUCUCCUGCCGCGAGGCUUAGGCCGUGUUUUAGAUUGCGUUGCGAAACCGCCCAAACCCCACCCAAGUGCCAAACCGCCACCCGACUGGUGGUGGUGUCGACGGGACAGUGACAGUGGAAUUCAUCGGAAGCGCAGAAUGACGUCGGGGGACCUCGACGCCAGUCAUCAUCCUGCAGCGCGUGGAAUGCGUUCGUCCCGGUGAGAUUGUGGCGCGGUCAGUGAGAAGUGACACUGAUGCAGAGUGCAGUGAAUUCGGACCCCCAACCUCCCCAAAAGUGACAAAGUGUAGCUUGUAGUACGUCAAGUGCACAAAACAGAUGGUGGAGCUUUUCCUUACCGGUCUGAAUCGUAAUCGUGAGUGCACGAAGUUAUCGGUGGAUUUAAGGUGGAUGAGCGUCGUCAAGUGUCUGCGUGUUUUUGUACGUGUUACUCAAGCCUGGGGAACAAAGUGCAUAGCUGGGCCACCCUCCAGCUCUCCGGCUUCGGCUGCUGGAAGUUAAUUUUAUAAUAGGCGAAUACACCUUUACCCGACACCUGUCAUGCGUUGUGUUUGGUAUCGGCCAGCCAAUGAUCAAUUAAAGAACAAAGAUCUACAUCUGAGAAAUAUGCGUAAAAAGUUUGUUCAGACGCUGGCAGCCCAGCAGCUAGAGUUUUGCAGCCAGAUUCGAACGCACGACAUGGAGCUGGGCAAGGAGCCACCGCGCGUAUCGCACCAGCAGCAACGUACUACGCUGAUGGGAAACGGGUUAGACGAGGUGAUCGAAAUCAUGGAUGAUGAUCAGGAGGUGGAACUGAUGAUGGAACGCCACAGGAAGUAUCAUCCGCGCAAGUAUGUAAACCUGCAGCAACCGACCUCGAAGGUUUACUACGACAAGAUUGAUACAUCAACGUCCUCGCCUGCCCAAGACAAAGACGAUCAAGAGGUGGAGGAAGACGACGAGCGGCGGAUGGUGAUCGAUGUCCCAAGAGAAGCUACCCAAACGAAGGAACCAAACAACAACAGUGCGGCCACUCCGAAUGAAAACAGUGAUAUGCUUGACAGCAACGGUGAGCCGUCAGGUCCUACCAGCUUUCCUGCCAUAGCGACUGGUCCGAAUACCGUAAACGAUCCACAAAUGACAUCCGGCUUCAAUUGGCAUGUCCCGCAGAACGUGAGCCACCAGGUCGCCUCCAAAAACAUGGAACUACGGCAACGGCUUCUGCUCUCGAGGAGAUCGGAUACACCGGCACCACCGAUGUUGUCUCAGCAGCAACAGCAGCAGCACCACCAGCAUCAUCAGCAGCAGUUGCUGUUUCAGCAUCAACAGCAAUUUUUACACCAACAGCGUCAACAGCAGAUACUUCAGCAACAGCAGCAACAGCAGCAACAGCAGCAGCAACAGCAGCAGCAACAGCAGCAGCAGCAGCAGCAGCAGCAGCAGCAGCAGCAGCAGCAGCAGUUGUUACAGCAGCAACAGAAGGAGCAGCAACAGAAGCAGCAGCAAAAAAGGCAGCAGCAACAGCAUCAGCAACAACAGCAGCUGCAACAAAGGCAGCAGCAACAACAGCAGCAACAACAGCAGCAGCAACAGCAUUACGGAUUAUCACCCUUCCAUCUGUGUCAGCGGCCAAAUUCUUGCGAGCAGCAAACGAACCCCUCCAACAAUCCGCAGCGAGAAGAUCGAUCCAACGCUGCGACCUCACAUUCUCAAGUUUUACACGCGCAAGGAUUAACCGCUGCUGCUGGUGGCAUACCUUCCGGGAUCACUCUGGGUGGUUCUGCAGAAGACGGCAGUAAAUCGGCAUUCUCCACACCGCCUGAAAAAAGACAACGUGAUGCCACCCUGAUGCCGCCACCGGCACUUGUACCACCGAUGGCCGACCCGGUUGGUGAUACCGCCAUAGCACCACGUACUCCCUUCUUCCACCAUCCGUUCGUGCCACCGUUUCACUAUUCUGCGUACGGUGCGGCCAACACACCGAAUGCCAGCACCUACCACGCGCUGGAAGAGUGGUACCGUGCCGGCUUUCCUGCACCCCAUCUGCUGUCGCCCGCUGAGCUCCAGUACUACUAUCAUUGUUUCCUUAGCAAGAUGGUCCUGUCGGCGUCGCCCGGGUAUCACCAGCAUGCCCAACACUAUUCAGCGCUGGCGAUGACACCCGACACCAGCGGUACCGCUUUUUAUCCACCACCACACUACGGAUUCGUCAAGCCCGCUACCACCGACGUAACCGUUGGAGUAGCUGCAGCUACUCCUGCAUCAACAAUCACCACCGGUCCUUCUACCGCCAACGCUGCUACAGCCGAACAGCAGCCUCCGCCAGCGUAUCCAGAACAUCAGCCGAUUGAUUUUUCACACUAUAGUGGCCGUAACCAGGGACCGAUAACAGGCGCUACUGGACUUCAUCCUACAAGCGUGCCAUCCGCAUCCACUGAAGGGACCCUCUUUCCUACAGUCACACCAUCCGCAACAUCUACUGAAGUAGUAGUAACACCACAAGCACAGGAGCAAACACCCAGUUCAAGCAAUGAUGCGUUCGAUCCAUCAGCGACAUUGCAUUACCCGAAUGCACUAUCGGAAACAGCGCGUCCCACUGUGAUCAGUCAUGCUGUGACACCAUCCACAGGAUGUUCAUCGAACGAAUGGCCGUCGACGUUAAUGUCACCACCAUCGUGGAAUAGCAUGAUUCCUCCUCCCCCUCCUUAUACUUCUGCUCCACCACCACCACCUUCUCCUCCUCCACCACCUCCUCCUCCCCCUUCGGUUCCCCCACCACCUCCUCUUCUUGUUGCUGAUCAUACUACUCCUCCCCCAUCUCCACCACCACCUCCUCCUGCUCAUACGGCGACAACGAUGCCACCACCACCACCAUCACCAUCGGUCAGCAGCCAUGCACCUACGAGCAGUGCGACGUUUACUACUUCAAUCUUGGCUACUGCGCUGUCUACUACCAGCAUGUCGUUUCCUAACGGAACCUCACUGUAUAGUAUGUCAUCAACGUCAUACGCUUUGCCACCUCGUUGCGGUACUCCAUCACUGAACAGGCGUCCAUCUAUCAGUAUGCCACCGCCUCCGCCGCCACCUCCAUCAACAAGAAACACGCCUGCCAGUAUGCCGUCACUGACGUCCACUAUGAACGCUCCUUCGCGUCCAACUACUAUGCAGCUUGAUACCAUGUCAUCAGCGCCAUCGGCAUUGCCACCUCGUUGCGGUACGCCGUCGCCAAACAGGCGUCCAUCUACCAGCAUGCCACCGCCUCUACCGCCACCUACACCUACAAGAAAUACGCCUGCCAGUAUGCCGUCACUGACGUCUACUAUGAACGCUCCUUCGCGUCCAGCUACUAUGCAGCUUGCUACCAUGUCAUCAGCACCAUCGGCGUUGCCACCUCGUUGCGGUACGCCGUCGCCAAACAGGCGUCCAUCUACCAGCAUGCCACCGCCUCUACCGCCACCUACACCUACAAGAAAUACGCCUGCCAGUAUGCCAUCACUGACGACUACUAUGAAUGCUCAUUCGCGUCCAGCUACUAUGCAGCUUGCUACCAUGUCAUCAGCACCAUCGGCAUUGCCACCUCGUUGCGGUACGCCGUCACCAAACAGACGUCCAUCUACAAGUAUGCCACCACCACCGCCGCCUCCUUCGUCUCUAACUCCACCAACAAGAAAAACGCCUGCCAGUAUGCCAUCGCUGACGUCCGCUAUAAACGCUCCUUCGCGUCCAGCUUCCAUGCAUCUUGCUACCAUGCCAUCAGCUUUACCACCUCGCUGCGGUACUCCGUCACCAAACCGGCGUCCAUCUAUCAGUAUGCCACCGCCACCAGCACCUCCACCACCGGGCAGAGAAACGCCUGCUAGUAUGCCAUCACUGACGUCUACCAUGGACUCGCAUUCGAUCGCUGCUUCGUCUCCAGCUAGCCUACCUUAUCCCAACAGAAAUGUUCCGUCCAGUAUGUCUUCUUCACCAUCAGCUAUGCCACCACGUUGCGGUACUCCGUGGCCAAACAGGCGUCCAUCCAUCUGUAUGCCGCCGCCUAUCACAACUACGGCCACCAACCAUCCAUCGCUACCGUUUACUAAGCCACCGCCUUCGUUCAUACCUUCGUCACUCUACUACAGCAUGCCACCACCGGCUGUGCCGAUCUCAUCUUCAAAUGCCACGCUGUCACUAGCUGGUAGGCGUCCUUCAACGGACAUGCCAAAUCUGGUACCACUAUUGACCCACCAGCCCAUCCCAUCAGCUACAACGCCUAACGAAAGUGCUCAAAACAAGGAAUCGGCCCCGAAUAAGACUGGCCCAAGAGGUGGCAAACGGAAGGGAAAUGCCACCACCUUCGUGAAUCCCGAACAGACCGGCUCCUCCAUUCAACCGCCUACCCCGAAACGGCGUGGCCGCCGUCCGUCCGUAACUGCCGCGAACGUCUGUGCUCCACCGACACCUGUCCCAUCCACUCCUGUCGUCGGCCGUUACAACGUUGGCGGACUGUUGCAGCAGAUGCGCCGGGAAAUGACGUGCUUUCUGCAGCAGCGCCGAUCGGAUAUUAUCAGCACGAUGCGCAUCUUCAUGAUCGGGGGAAUGGAUUUCGUCGGCUUUCUGGGGGAGAUGAAGCGGCACACCGUCACGUACCGGGACUUUAUGCAUGUCGCCUUCACGCUGAUGCGCCGCUGCGGGUACGGUGGGUUCACGAUAGAUCCACCGGCCGAGCUUGACUAUCGCUGGACGAACCCGCCGCAGGAGUUUGCCGACUACUUUGCCAAGAACCCACAGUGCAACAAAGAGUUUGUGGCGGACAACUUUGACUUUCUGCUGCUGAUCGUGGACAAUCUGCUGCAGCAGUACUUUGAACCGAUGGAGCACUUCCUGCUGACGUACGUGCUCGGGUUCACGCCAAAUUGAGACCCGCCCGCGCAAUGCCGGAGAGAGGGCGCAUAAGACAGUGAAAUCCGGCACACGAAGGGAGAUUUUUGUGUUUUUGGCUAUAUGUAAGCGAGCACUACUGGUUCUAUUUCAGAAUAGGUUCGUGAAUUCUACUUAUCAUAAGUUUUAUGCAAAGUAACGGACACGUUCAGUGGAACUAAUUUUCGAACAGACCCUAGGAUCUGCUUGAAACGUAGCUCUCUCUCUCUCUCUCUCUGUCUCGCUCUUUUCACUCAGUUUUCUACCUUGUACGGUAGACGGGAUAAGCAGGAAAAAUGCACAUAAAUUUGUUUUAAGUUAUUAAAUUUCUUUUACCACAAGUGCAUUUCGCACAGUGCAAGCAUAGUUUGCAUAGUGCAUUAGUUUAACAGAAUUAAGUUUUUAUUGUCAUUUUUUAACCUACUUUUUAUGCAAUUUACGCUUCUGACAUGAUACUAACAGUUUUAGCAUUUUUUUAUUGUUUUUUUUUUUCUACUAACUUUUCAUGAAAAUUACUACAAAGCUAACCAUAGUUGCUAACGCACCGGGGCAUCUGAUUUGGCUAGGUUUGAACAACUCUAUGAACUAAUAUUUAAAACGGAAAUAUUUAGAAGCUGGUGUAAAUUAUUUAGUGUUUUAGGGAUGAAACGCAGUUAAGCGAUGUGUGUUAUUAUGAAUAAGGAAAAGUAAAUGAUAAGGAUACUAGUUUUGGCAAAUAAAAGUUAAAAUCGCUUAACGAAACGAGAA